UAUUUCUUCUUUUUUUUUGGUGAAAAUUUAAUCCUCCAUUUUUUCUGCCUACAUUGGCUCUAAUGUGGCGUUGUAAUUUGUAAUUUUAUUGUAGUUUUGUUGUAGUUUGUACUUUUGUCAGUGCUGCUUUUUGAUGGUUAACAGUUAAAAUGAAGACUUUAUCUCCCUGGAGACAGGCGUCCAACACGCUGAACUCAUGAUGUGUCUCCAGAAGCAGCAGCGGUGGGGCGGGUCGCAGUCGCUGCCCCUCCCCGGGUCGCCCCCCCUGCCAGCAGAGUGCUGCGGCUCUCUGAUGCAGACAGCUGCUGCUUCAUUUCCUCCUCUCUCUGUCUGGACUUUCCCCGUCUCUGUCUCCGCGUCCCGCUUUGUGAUUCGUCGCUGCCUUCAGGACCGGCAGCAGGGAGCGAGGCCGGGAUCCGCCGCUUUGGCUGGAAAGUUUGGGACAAGGAGGAAGAGGAGAUAAAUGCGUGCAGAGGAAGAGGAGGAGGACGGUCUGAAGAGCGAGCAUGCCAGGCGCAUUGGAGCUGCUGCUGCUGUCCCUGCUGGUCCUGUCCACAGGAAGUGAUGUCAGGAGGAAGAGAGGACUCUCCCAGAAGGACUACGAGUACCCGAGCCACCCGCAGUCCGCGCAGCACCAGAAGAACGACCGCUGCCCGCCGCCGCCCCAGAUGCUGCCGGAGCGGGCCUGCGACGUUCCCGGCUGCCGCUCCGACUCCGAAUGUGAGCGCCACAAACGCUGCUGCUACAACGGCUGCAUCUACGCCUGCCUGGAGUCCGUCCAGCCCCCACCGGUUCUGGACUGGCUGGUUCAGCCCAAACCUCGAUGGCUGGGAGGAAACGGCUGGCUACUGGACGGACCGGAGGAGGUUCUGCAAGCGGAAGCAUGCAGCACCACGGAGGACGGAGACGAGCCUCUUCACUGCCCCACAGGCUACGAGUGCCACAUCAUCAACCCCGGGAACCCCGCCGCUGGGGUCCCAAACCGGGGCCAGUGCAUCAAGCAACGCGCCAACUCCGAUGGACGAGGUUUGAGGCAUAAAUACUUUAAGGACUACAAGGACUACUUGGGAUCCAGUUCCAACAAUGCAGUGGGCUACGAGAAGCAUCAUCACAAGCAUCUCGGAUGAAGACACGUCGGAUUUGAUCUUCUUACAGUCAGCAUGAAAAAGCUUAAGACCAGGAAAUAAGAUUACAGUUAUUAUCUUGUUUAUUGUAGCCGUGUUCCAGAGCUUCAAAAGGCAAAAAGACAAAACAGGGAAAACAAAACACUAAAACCUGUUCAUCAGCUGAUCAGAGGUUUAGUUUUAAAACUCUCCACAUAAAUCAGUUGUAAUAUCUUCUGCUGAAGUGAUUAAUCAAAUUUAUCGCAAUGAAUUUAUUAUUGAAAUAAACGUUAACUGAUAAUUAACUGGAGUAAAUAUGCUUACUGAGAGAACAACACAGUCAGAGCAGAACUGUACAAAAAUAUCAACAUUUUGCAUUAAAGAUAAAAAACUUGCUUUGUCUAUAAAUCUGGCAAUUUUAGCUUCACCUGGUUCAGAUUUCAUACAAAUAUUAGAAGGUUUACUAAAGGAAUGCUGUUAUUGAGUUUUAGGUAAUAAAAUAUAGAUUUUCUUAUUCUAAAAAGGAAUUUAAUUAUUUGCUUAUUUGCAGUUUUUAAAGUAUUUCUAAUAUUGUUCAAAAUAAGCUUAAGAGGUGAAAUGAGAAAUAUACUGAUUGUGACUCGAUUAAUCAACUGAAACAGUUCCAUGAAUAAAAACCUGAGAGCAGCUGAUGAACAUCCUGUUUAGAUUCUGCUUUUUGCAGCUCUUCUUUCAGCUCUGAGAUUUUAAUCUGUUUAUUCCAAUCAUCAUCUCCUCCUGCUGUUAAAACAGGAUGUUUGUCGUCAGAUGACUUUAAUACGGCCUCAGAUGUUGACCCGGUCCAGUUUGAUCUCCUCCCACCUGAACAGAUCUCAGGUUUUUCACUCCGCCUGCCUCCUCAUCGAGCCGUCGCCUGGCGUCCUGCUAUCCAACCAAAGAAAUGCUGAAGGUGUUCAGGAAAACAAAGGAGAGGCCCGAUGUGGACCAAAGCUGUUUGUAAAAACUUUUUUUGUGUUUUCUCAUUUUUUUUCCCGGCAACAAUCCAAACAAACUGGUCAUCAGAGAGAGAACCAGGACCAUGUGGCGCUCGUCCUCGUUCUGCCCAGAGUUCGUAAAUCUGCGAAGCGUUUAACGGACAGCGAGUGAAUAAAUCCAGCUGCAGGGCUGACAUUGCUGCUUUAAACCCCAAAAUGAUCUCGGAGGCAAAAUAAUUAGCAGAAUAAAUUCCAGAUGAGUGAAGGCUGGAACAGAGCAGCUGGGGUUUUAUAUCGGCUCCGAAAGGUUUUUGGGUGUAGUAAAUAAUAAAAUAUUAGUUAUUAACAUGCAUGAAUAAAAGUCGGCAUAUAUCCAUAGUUUUGUUUUAAAAGAAAGUAGGUUGAAUUAGUUGCUAGACCAAAACAAGCUGAAGUAAUACUUUAGCAAACAUCUGAUCAGUUGUUUACGUUCCAACAAGGACAUAAAACCCUAAAAUUUAGUAAGAUAAUAAAACUUCUGAUAGUGUUGCUCAGAAAAGAUGACGGAGCAGAGGGGAUAAUAAAUCUGAGCAUUUAUUUGCUUUUAUUUGCAAACUGAAGCAGCUUUAUGCUCUGUUCACAUGGUGCUCUGGUUUUUACUGCCUAACAGAAGAAUAAGCUGAAAACUAAUUGAAUGUUUCUCUCUGACUGGUGCUACAUCGAUUCCACUGUAAUAAACCUUAUGACUCAAACUUG